UGAUUGGCUGUCCUUGUGCGGUCAGAAUUCGCUCGGGGGUCAUAUCUUCGCUACUGACAUAGGCAUUAAUAAAGGGUCGAUUUACGAGUUUCUAUAGCUCUAGCGCUAUAUAGCGCUAAUAUCAGCGGCUAAACUGCGUUUUACCGCACAAUGUGGAGAUCUCGAAUGAUUAAUUCACGGAUGGCCCACUUGUGCGGUAUUCCUCCGUUGACAUCCUACGUACGAGGAUCAUCACCGCCUGGUUGUGAGAAAGCUGUUGUUUUUCCGAUAGAUCCGGUCUUCAAUAUCACCAGCACCGCAAAACUACACCAAAGAACUUACAUUUGCAAAUGGCACGGACGUGAAGGCAUCCGAACUCGCACCUUUGCUCGAGCUGCCUCGGGCAUACCUCGGUGUGGACAACAUGACGAAUCUACAGACCACUUUUUGUGCUUGGCAGAGCACGUAAUGAUGUCUGGAUACCAGACCCAGCCAUAAGGGACCGUCCGCCUCCGCUGAUCCUCGAAAAAAGCCAUGCUAAUGCGAGGUCUGCCUCAGACACGUGCGCCAGGACGGAUCAUAUUCCUGGUGCAC